AUGGCCAAAGCUCUAUUAGUUAUCGAUAUUCAAAAUGAUUUCCUGCCACCGAAUGGAUCACUAGCUGUUGCCUCAGGUGAUGAAAUCGUCGAACCAGUCAUUAAGCUCAUGAAUGAUCCCAAACAAGAAUGGCACCGGAUCGUCCUCACCAGGGACUGGCACCCCCCUGAUCACAUUUCUUUCGCGAAAUCUCAUGGUAAGCCGGAAUUCUCAAAGAUCGAAUACCAUUCACCCAUACCAGGUGACAGCUCGGUCCAGGAAGGUGUCUUAUGGCCCGUUCACUGCGUUCAAGGUACCCCGGGCAGUCAGUUGGCAGCCCCCCUCAUUGAAGAGCAGAAAAAGCUGGGUUGCCGUGUUGUUGACAAAGGUUAUCUUCAUGACAGAGAGUAUUACUCUGCAUUCAACGAUAUUUGGGACUACCACAGAACAGAGUUGAAUAAUUACUUAAAAUCCCACCACAUUACAGAUGUCUACGUUGUCGGUCUUGCACUGGACUAUUGCGUUAAGAAUACGGCCAUAUCUGCCUCUAAGCUGGGUUACAAGACCUACAUCAUCAAAGACUAUACGAGAGCUAUCAAUACUGACAGUGAGUCAGAGCGCAAAUUGGAAGCAGAAUUGAAGAAGUACAACGUCAAGCUUAUCUAG